AUGCCGCCUAUCACGAUAAAUAUCGCUACCGCUUCCGCUACCGCUACCGCUACCGCUAUCGAAGAUGAAAGAGACAAGGGCAAGAUUAGACAGAUUCCAAAGCAUUGCUCCUAUGUAAUGGACGGUCUAUACAAAACCGUGGACGCCCACCAUCCUCUGGACGACCUGUGUCCGAACACACCCCAUGAAUGUAAGAAUGCUAUUGAGAAACGAGUGUAA